UCGCGCUGGGAUCCUUUGAUAUGGGAGGAAUGCCAGCUAGUAUGGACGAGUCCGGCGGUGCGCAUGUGUAUUUGAGCUCGGCUGCCGUUCGAGAGCGCAACAUGGGUACUGCUUCGUGGUGGCACGAUGAGGCGCACGACUGUGUCAUCUCCCUUCGGCCCAUCCUCGACGCGGAAGGAUCGUCCACGGACAAGCUCGGACUCUGUGUGGACAUGCUGCCUGGUGCGUCACAUGGUAGCGCUUCACCGAUUGCUGCAACCACCCACUCGUCGCAUGGAUCGUUCUCCCACGGCGCAUCCUUCGUUGACGUCAAGCUAUCGAUUGAUUGCCAGUUCUUUGCCGUGCAACGCAACGACAUCGAGGUUGACGUGUGGGCCACCGCUACUUCCGACGAUGAUGCAAGCAUUUCACUCCGGUACAGCGUCAUGUGCAAGCGGACUUCGCGUCUUCUUGGCCUCUACUGGAACGCCAAGGACAUCGACGCCAGUGCCGGCAGUACAAAAGUACCGUCUCAAUACCUGACCUUGGUGACCACUGGUGGCUUGGAGGUAUUCAAACUUACCUCGUCCAAGUGCAAGUUCCAUCGCGUGCUUGCGUACUCCACCCACUUGUUCUGGUGGCACCCCCAGCAACACGUCGUCGUGCUAGCCACAGGUUCCAAGGCCACGGAGCUCCGCCCGUUCUUUGUCGAUGGCGGCAACCUCGCCAAGAUCUCCAAGGUUGUCGUGAGUGCGCCCUUGUUAACUACAGCCCAAGUCGGACUUGCAUAUCUCUACUCGACGCUCUACUUGGUCUACUCGUCCACAUCGAACCAGCAAUUGCUGCUCUACCGCGUCCAUCCAUCGGUCGACACAGUGUGCGUGAGGGCGCUGCGAGUAGGAUUUCCCGACCCUGUCGCCUUGUCAGUUGUGGACAAUCUGCUCGUUGUACACAGUGCCACGUAUGGCGUGUCGAGUUUCUAUGACGUGGCACUCGCAGAUGCCGAUCCGUUUUUACAUCCGUUGCCGUUGCACAUGCCCAUGCCAACAAAUAACACUACCACCUGCGACAAGGUGGAGACGGCGUUCAUGUCGCCCCAUUUUGCCCUUGCUUCCCGACCAACAAACGAUGAUGACAUGACAAGAGUGCUUUUUCACGCCAUUCGCUUGAACUUGCAUGCGAUCGCCGCGUGUGCGACAGCGAGUGCGCGCCCGAUGCUGUCGGUGGCCCGCUUCCUCUUGCGCCGCCGAGGGGGGACGGCCCAUGGUGAUGUUGGCGGCGACGAUAAGGAUGUGAAGGAAGCGCUGUUUGCGUCGUUCCGCACGCGGCUCCAUGAAGGGCGAUGGCCCGAAGCAGACUUUCGCGCAUGUGUGCACAUGCUGCAUCACCACGAAGCAACGGACGCGAUGAAAAUGCAAUCAAAUAUAUUGCCAAUCUCCAAGGCAAUGGCAUCAGCCACGACGUCGGCACAUCUGUUGAUGCACGUUUCCCAACACGACUGGUUUGUGUAUUUUUGGCAACCCCUUCAACAUGUCCUACCUCCGCCUCGCCUGAGCAUGUUCCUUGUCAUCUUCCUUGACAGCCUGCGGCAACAUGCAUUUACCGUCAGCUCCGACUUACUAGUGCUGUACAUUCAAUCCAUGGCCACGCAACAUCGUUGUGCAGAAUUGGUGGCGUUCCCCAUGGACGAUUCGGUAGAAGUUGCGCAUGAAUUGGAGCUCCACGAAGGAGUCGUCCCUGCAAUGCAUCAAGUCGCGAUGGACAUGUACCAUCGUUUGGGGGCUGUGGACGACCUCGUGCGACUGUUUUUGCGGGAUGGCCAUGUGACGCUCGCCCUGCGGUUAACACUACGAUACGCGUCGAGCAAAAAGCACAUCUCGCAUUCCCCCAAGUGGUUUUUCGAUCAAGUGGUUGCAGUCGCCACCAAAGGUACAACCACCCCCCCCACCAUCGACAUGCCCCUUGACACCAACAACCAUCACAUCAACCCACAUUUGGUCUUAAAUGGACCAGCUGCGUCCACGCCAUCACCGGACGCUGUCACAUGUGACCAAAGCAACGUACAAGCAAGACAGUAUUUGUAUGCGCUGUACGUGUUUCUGUGCACGUUUGCCCCGGCAGCGCUGGUGCGAGACGACCGAGGCCGGUCCCAGUUGAGCUACGAGUGCACGUUCCCCGAGCACUUGUGUACUCCAUCUGAUAAGGAGUUGCAGAUCAAUGGCAGUAGCAACGACGACGACCCAAGUGUGCACUUUCGACGACUGUUUGGGUUUUCCGACAACGGCCAUGGGACAUAAUAUAUCGUGCAUCUAUGUCUAUAAAUUACAAGUAGAACUUACCACGCGAAGGUAUUAUUGUCAAAUCGAUUCGAAACUGAAGCAGUAUCGAAUAUCCUAAGAGAAUG